AAAGAGUGGAUCACCAAAACCAACCAUUAGUUUAUUGUAGAAUCCAGAUCUAGAAUAGAUGAGACUAUUAACUAUAGACCAAAUGCUAUCCUAUCUUAUUAAAUAAUGUCUAGGUUGCUAGUCUAAAAUGCAAGGCAGAUGGACUUUAAAUAAAAUGCCAUGUAGCGUUGAAGUCUAGAAAUUUAUUAUGUCACCUAGACCUAGUAUUUCGCAUUCUGUUUCAUCACGUCUAAAAACUCACAAUGAAACGGUCAAAGAAUGACCACAUACGCUCAACAAUCAGCCGCUAUUUCAAAAGAAGACAAUUUGUGGAAAGUGAAAUGCCUGCUCGGAAAGAUGCACAACGUGAGCAGUCUGUUACAGAUAUGUCAGUACGAAGGCGGACACGUUCGAGAACAAGUGUUGAAAACUCGCUAGCACUGACCAGCAUAUCUGGAGAUGCAACAGCUUGUGACCAGCAGUUCACUAGGAUGAAAGCUUUUAUUUUAGGAGCCUCUGCACCAUACCAUACAGAGCUACAGCCUUUGUUAUUUCCUCUUUUUGCUCACACAUAUUUGGAGAUGCUGUCCAAUGGUCAAAAAGUACCUGCUCAAAAAUUUCAUGAGAGACACUCAGAGACAUUUAAAGAAGAGCAAUAUCAGUCGUUCAUUAAAGUGUUAAAGAAACUGGAAGCCAAAAGUGAUGUUCUUACAACAAAAGAAGUUAUAGAGUUUAGAGAACAUCGUUUCAUAUUGAACUUGAGUGAAGAGUCCUUUCAUUACAUGAUGCUACAUUUAAAGGCUGAGGAUAACAUGAUCAUGCUUCAGAUUUUUAAUCAAUAUAUCAAAAUUAAUGUUGUGCAAGAUGCUGGUGCAGUGUGUGGCAGCAAGCUUGAAAUGAAACAACUUCCAGACGUUCUAGCAGAAUCUCAACUCAUCAAAGAAUCUCCAGCAUCUGUUGCCCCAGUUAUUGAUGGUCAGCAACAAGAACCAACACUGGAAGAUGAACUUGCCGUUGCUAUCAAAGCUGUCAGAGAGCUGCCUCCUUGCCUACCUUCUAUAUGUUUCUUCACAUUUUUGAACACUUAUCAAGGUCUGUGUUCAUCAACCAUAUCUAUCGACAAGAAAAGGCUCAGCGGCUGUUUUGAAGAUUCCAGCAUUCUGGUAUGGAACCUAGAGCCAGAUUUAUUGACAAGAACUACUUCUGAGUGUGAUGUUAGUAAAAUAGUUCUAGCGGCAGACUACAUUCAUUGUUUAGAGGAUGAAAUCAAAGACAAAGUUUUCAGCAGAUCAACUCAAAGUACAGAAACAGCCAAACUAGUCGGUCACCGUGGCCCUGUAUAUAAAAGUAGAUUUCUGUCUGAUUCCAAAACCUAUUUACUCUCCUGUUCUGAAGAUUCCACUAUCAGAUUAUGGAACUUGGGAACACAGACCAAUGCCUCUUUGUAUGUUGGUCACAGUUCAGCAGUUUGGGAUGUCAACAUCAGCUCAACUGACACUUGGUUUGCCAGCUGUUCCCAUGACACCACUGCCAAACUGUGGACAUUUGAACGAACAUAUCCUCUCCGCUCAUACAUUGGGCACACCUUUGAUGUUGAUUGCUUAGACUUCCAUCCUAACAAUAAUUAUUUGGCUACUGGAUCUGGGGAUAAAACUGUACGGUUUUGGAGUGUAUCUGAAGGUCGCACAGUAAGAUUGCUACAGGGUCAUCGAGGUUCAGUAUUGGCCUUGGCUUUCUCCCCCAAUGGGAAAUUGCUAGCUUCUGCAGGUGAAGAUAGAAGAAUACGAGUGUGGGACUUGGGUAGUGGACAAGUCUUAAAAGAUCUGCGAGGUCACAGUGACACAGUUUUUGCAUUAGCCUUUGAUGAUACCAGCUCCAUUUUGGCUUCUGGUGGGGCAGACUGCUGUGUCAGGCUUUGGGACAUUCAGAAAACCACAGACUCACAGCAAAUUGAAGGCCAUUCUUCCCCUGAAUUGUUGGGAGCAUUCCCAACGAAGUCUGCCCUUCUCUCCUAUCUCAGAUUUGCACCUUACAACAUUCUUCUAGCUGCAGGAGCUAGUUCCUGACAUUGUUGACAGUUUUGUACACAGUUUAUUUAUGCAAUACAUUGUUGUUUUGAACAGAAAUUUUUUUGCUGGUCUUUUCAAAGAAGUGUAGGACUGAAUAAGCCUUAAUACUUUUAUGUGAAAUGCAAGGAGGGUGCAUAAUAAAUGUGAAAUGUUAAUCAAAAUAAAAAAAACACUUUUGCACAUAUUGACACACUACUUAACUAGAGACCACAAAUUUCACUUAAAUUUUCAAUAGACAAAGACUACCCUGAUCAAUCAUAACCCAAUGGAAAGUUAUAUUCAACUGAAAGUAAUAAUGUUGAAUGGCAUUUAAAUUGAAAAGUUUACUUCGCAAAUCACUUCAAAAUAAGUAGCCAGCUAUUUAACUUCAAAGUAUAAAACUUUUUGCUCUAGAAACUGCAUUUAUUUCAAAGCUUCACUAAAUAUAAUUUCAAGAGCUUACUACCUCCUGUGCAGCUGUCUCCAUAAAGAUCUGGCAAUGUCUGAAAAUGUCAUCAAGAGCAUCAAUACCCAUUACUCACAAUGGAGCUUUGUCAAAGAGUUUUACAGAUCUAUUCAACUUGGGUGAAAGGAACUAUUUAACUUCAAAGUAUAAAACUUUUUGCUCUAGAAACUGCAUUUAUUUCAAAGCUUCACUAAAUAUAAUUUCAAGAGCUUACUACCUCCUGUGCAGCUGUCUCCAUAAAGAUCUGGCAAUGUCUGAAAAUGUCAUCAAGAGCAUCAAUACCCAUUACUCACAAUGGAGCUUUGUCAAAGAGUUUUACAGAUCUAUUCAACUUGGGUGAAAGGAACUGUACCAUUGUGUUUAUCACUGCAUCUCCAUUUUGUUGUUAAAAUAUUUGUAAAUUUUCAAGUUCUACCCAAGAAGGAAUAGUGAUUAAGGAGUUUUAUUUCCCCCCACAUAAAGUAUACCUUCACCUCUGUACCUUGUAAAUUUUGCUUGUUAUUUAUAAUUUCUAAACCAUAGUUCAUAUGAUAAUUGCUUGUUUAAUACAUUACAAAACAUUUGUUAAACCUUUUUAUUUUUUGUCAUUGGCCAAGUACUAGAUUUAAACACUGCUAUGAAAUUUGUAGCAUACACUUAGUAUCAACUACUUUAGCAAUACACUGUACUGAAGCCAAAAAGUUGAACCAAAAAUGAUCAGACAUCCUUUGAGAGCCAACCAAUGUGAAGAAGGGUGGUCAUGAACAAGAAAGAAAAGACAAAUUCAUGUCUAUACAUUUGGUCUUUUUGUGCUUUAGUACACACGCACAGUUUAUUUUUUGUACUUGUCUCUUGGUGGCCUAAACAAAAUGUAUUAAGCUCUUAUAUUAUUCACAUUGAGUAGUCCACUUAAAAUGUAUAAAAUGGAACCAGUUCAGGUUUAUAAUAAUAUAGGUACAGUACUAACAAACAAAUUGUAAUAAUUAACCACAAUGAGCAACACCAAAGGGAAAAAAAAUGAAAACAUUGGACACCUAUGUUAAUAAUCAGUUAACAAGGUACAGACACAAUUAAGCAAAUUAGUAGAAUGAUAUUAAUAGUUGAGACGGAUUAGUCUUGGUUGGCCAGCGUGGCUAGAAUAAAAAAAUAUCUAAGGAUUCCAGAAGGUUUUGUUCAUUAGAACAUCUAAUCCAGCUGACAGGCUGAUUCAUUCAGGUGACACAAGAGUCAAUAAGUAAUCAACUGAAAAUGUACACAUACAAGUAUUAUCUGCAGUCAUACAGCUGUGGAGUAGUUUUUCUUCUUUAGACAUGUAAACGCUGCUAUGACUUAUCUAUAAACAGAAUGAGCUCGCAAAGUUUAUCACAAUGGGCAAAGCAAUAAAAUGUCAAUUUGGGACAAAAAAUUGCCUCAAUAAUUUAAGCACUUCAAAAUUUUAUUGCGCAAAUAGAAAAGCCCAUAACUAGAGCUAACAUUUUAAGAGCUAUUGCAACAUCAAACUUUUAUCACUAUUUGAUAAUGCUUAUAUUUUUUUAAAAUGUAUUUUAAUGAUGCAGAACUUUUAACCAAAGUAGAAAACCAGGUCAGCAUGAGGUAACCAUCUCUGUAUUGAAUACAAAAUAUACAUAUUUAUUCCGCAUACCGUAACGGGUAAAUCAAAAUUACGAAAGCUGUUUUAAAAUAACUGAACCAAAUUUCAAUCAGUCAAACAAGAAAAAAAAAAAACUAUUAUGCUUUUGUUACUUAGGAAUACAAAAUGUUUUCUUUUUUAAAGAUAGGCAAAAUAAUAAUAAUUAUAAUAAAAAUGUGAAAAAAAAAAAUUCUUGUCACAUAACACGGACUUCAGCUUCACAAAGUGUCAAUAGAAUUAUAACAUUGUACAACUCUAACAGAAGGACUCUUUUUUUUGUUAAAUAAAUAACCAGCCUUUGAAUGGAAAUUCAAUCACUAGCGGACAGCAGAAAAUACAUUUCAGUCCUUUUUGUUUUUAAUUUAGGGGGAAACAAAAGAGAAAAAAAAAUAACAUUGAAUGCACAACAAAGAAUAUCUAGAUUAUUUUAACCAGCAAAGACUUCAGCAUCGUGAAAACAAUUUAAACAAAAGUAUGACUACAACAGACUUCAAAUUAAAAAUAAAAAAAGGGUGGAUGAUGAACAAUAAUCAUAUUAGAAGUGAAGAAAACAAACCAUCUAUUAGCUGACAUCUACAAGACAUUCAAACCAUUCACAGAACCAUUCAGACACAACAACUGACUUUCCUAGUGCUAGUGUGAUGUUUAGGUAAAUACCUGCCAGUACUGCAGUCUAACAAUCUGAAUUGCUACAUUCUAAAGUAUUGAAUUGAAAGAAAGUUACCAAACAAUUAGAAGGUAAAUGGUAGUGCUUCAUUAUAAUACAAGUCAUGCAGCCCAUUCAAAGUGAUCACAGAAAAACAAAAAUGAUGUGUUAUUUCUUAACUUUGGACAGCUAGAGUAAAAGAUUUAACAAUUAAUGAUAUCAUUAUAAGGUACUAGUAGCAUAAUGCAUGUGGCUAUUGGUUUAAUGUAUUGAAUGACAUAAGCAAAGAUGAUUCAGCAUUAAAAAAAAAAAAAAAAACCUUCACGUUAAACAAACAAAGAGCAUAACUGAUAUUCAGUUUAUUGUUUACUUGUCACUGAUUGCACUCAGAUGCUGAUACACACAUAGAUCAGGUUGAUAAAAGUGGAAUAAGAUGAACCUAGAAAAUUAUUUUUUUAUGUAUACAUAAUAAAGAUCUGUCAAUUUAUUGAACUACACAUCUUAAGAUACCAAAACAAUAAAUAUUUUAAAAAUAAAAGAAAAAAAAGAAUACAUUAUUUUAAAAGAACACAAAAAAAAAAAAAAAAAAAAAAAAAAUCCAAGAAAAACUUUUCCUGAAGUGAUCUGUAAAAAUUAAAAACCAAAAGGACCAACAAAACUUUAUGUUAAUUUUUUUUUAAUUGGUAUGCAAUUCUUGUAAACUGUAAAACAAUGACUUUUUUUUUUUGGCAUGAUGUUAAAAUGUUUAUUGGUUUGGAAAAUUAUAAGAAGCAAGAUUUAAAAUAGCUUGCUGAAGGUAUCCUUAACAAUACAUACACAAUCAUUGAGAAAUUUCUAAAGCAAUAUUAACACAAGUAUGUUACAAACAAAGGGAGGUUAUGAGCUGUAACACUAAUUGGAUGAAAAACUACUUGUUUAACGCUAUGUUUAAAAUGUUUCAGGUAAUCACUUUCAGGUUAUCUAACCACAAUAAAUGCUAGUUUGUAAAAAUGUUCCUUUUGAAACUAAAGCUGUUAUACAAAAUCAUUUCAGUGUCGGGAGUGCUUUAAUCAUAUUUUAUUUGCAAUAAAACUAUCUACUGUUACAAUUUGGGGGAAAAAAUAACAUUCAAUGCUAAUUCAGGAUAAUACAAUAAUAAUUUAAAUACAGCUACUUCGCUCUUUUGUUGGAAAAGGGUGGGUGUAGGUGGAGACAAAUACCACAAUUAAUAUAGCCAAAAAAAAAAAAAAAAAAAAAAAAAGAAAAAAAAAGAGAA